CCAUUAGACGACACCGUGUGGCGACUGAUGUAAAAUGGGGCAAUACAAACUUACUUUCAGGCGCCAAAGUCGUGCUCUGCACAAUUCUCUUCCUUGAGAAGCUUUCUUCUCAGUAAAUACUCCUAUAUAAAUAAAAACCCUCUUUUUUUUCAAUUCAAAGCAUCACAAAAAAAUCCAAAGCUACUCUAAUGGCUACUCAGCAACUCAAAGUGGAUGAACUCCGUUCCGAAUUGUCCAAACGAGGGUUGAGUACCACCGGAACUAAGCCCACACUCGUUCGCCGCCUUGAGGCCGCCAUAAAGGCGGAGGAGGAGGAGGAGAAGGAUGUCAAAAAAACUAGCCGGAAAAGGCAGCGGGAUGACGAAGGGAGUGGGGUUUCUGACCACGGGUCGCAGAAAUUGAAACCCACAGAAGAAGAUUUGAAAAAAAUGAGUGUUAAAGAGCUAAGGGAGCAGGCUAAUCUUCAAGGGGUUUUAGCCACUGGGUCCAAGAAAGAACUACUUGAAAGGCUAAUCAGUGAUGCUGAUGGAAAUCCUGCUAAAACAGAUAAAGAGGAAGAAAAAGAAGAAAAGAAACAGAAACAAGUUACUGCAACCAAGAAGGGUGCGGCUGUUUUGGAUCAGUGUAUUCCUGAUGAAAUUAAGUCAACCUACCAUGUUUUGCAACAGGGCGAUGACAUUUAUGAUGCCACUUUGAAUCAGACCAACGUUGGGGAUAACAAUAACAAAUUCUACAUUAUUCAAGUUCUUGAAUCUGAUGCCGGGGGAAGAUUUAUGGUGUUUAAUAGAUGGGGUAGAGUUGGUUCAAAGGGUCAGAAUAAGUUAAGUGGCCCCUACACAUCGAAAGAAGAAGCCAUUGAUGAGUUUGUGAGCAAGUUCCAUGGGAAGACUAAGAACUAUUGGCACCAUCGUCAUGAAUUUGUUGCUCAUCCCAAGAGCUACACCUGGUUGGAAAUGGACUACAACGAAACUGGUCAAGAAAGCGUCCAGGAAACAUCUGCACCAAAAAGAGAUGUCCAACCUCGUGAGACACAGCUGGAAGCAAGGGUUGCGAAGUUCAUUUCUCUCAUUUGUAGCAUCAGCAUGAUGAAACAACAAAUGCUAGAAAUAGGAUACAACGCUGAAAAGCUACCUCUUGGUAAACUAAGCAAAUCAACAAUUUUGAAGGGAUAUGAUGUGCUGAAAAGAAUUGCAGAUGUCAUUGGGCAAUCAAAUAGGACAACUCUAGAGCAAUUGAGCGGGGAGUUUUACACUGUUAUACCCCAUGAUUUUGGCUAUAAAAAGAUGCGUGAAUUUGUGAUUGAUACCCCUCAAAAGUUGAAAGCCAAAUUGGAAAUGGUUGAAGCUCUUGGGGAGAUAGAGGUCGCAACAAAAUUGUUAGAGGAUGUUAAUUCAAUGGAGGAGGAUUCUUUAUACUAUCAAUAUCAACGGCUUCAUUGUGAACUGAACCCUAUUGAAGUUGGUUCUGAUGAGUACAUUAUGAUUGAAAAGUAUAUGAAGAACACCCAUGCAAAGACUCAUUCAAAUUAUUCGGUUGAUAUCGUUCAAGUAUUUAGGGCUUCGAGAGAAGGUGAAGCUGAACGUUUCAAUAAGUUCUCCACAACCGGGAAUAGAAUGCUCCUAUGGCAUGGUUCUAGGCUCACGAACUGGGCUGGAAUUCUUUCCCAAGGUUUGAGAAUUGCUCCUCCCGAAGCACCUGUCACGGGCUACAUGUUUGGAAAAGGUGUUUAUUUUGCUGAUAUGUUUUCCAAAAGUGCGAACUAUUGCUAUACAUCUCAUUCUGCAACAGCUGGGGUGUUGCUUUUGUGUGAGGUUGCAUUGGGUGACAUGGUUGAGCUAGUGAACGCAGACUACAAUGCUGACAAAUUGCCCCAAGGGAAGCUGAGCACUAAAGGAGUUGGCCAGACAGCUCCAGACUUGUCUGAGGCCCAGGUCUUGGAUGACAAUGUCAUUGUUCCCCUAGGAAGGCCAAAAGAGCAAAGAUCCACCCGGGUUUGGCUUCUUUUCUCAGUCAGUUUUGACAACUUUUAUGUAAAAAGCUAUAAGCAGACUUUUUUAUUAUCUUGUUUUCUUUUGCAGGCAAGCUUACUGUACAAUGAGUACAUUGUUUACAAUGUAGAGCAGAUUAAGAUGCGUUAUAUCUUGCACGUAAACUUCAAUUACAGAAGAUAAUAACAAAUAGCGAAGAAGACAAUUUAACCUUCUUGUUCAUUUCCUUAUCAAAGAGAGCUGGGGUGGCAUAAUUUUGCGAGUUUUGUAGAUGUUGGUGCUUCCUUUUGAACUUGGCUGGUCUCUGCUGAGAUUCAUAUGAAUGUCAUAGCCAGUAUAUUUGUAUAUACAUCUUGAAAUUAUUGAUACAGCAUGAUAUAAUACUGCUUUACAGUUCGAUGCUUCCAGGCUCCAGCAAAUGUUAUAUAGAUAUUUUUUGCCUCCAUAAUCAUAAAAUGUCUAUUUAGUCAGUUCUGUAUAAAUUAAAUGUAAAAAUAUUUUGUGAUAUUUAAAAAAUUAAAUAAAAAAAAAACAAAACUAUUAUGAGAUAUCUCACGGAGACUAUUGUGUUGAAAUUCAAUAAUAUCAUUGCAUGUUUUGGUC